AAUCAGAAAGAGAGAAAGAGAAGGAGAGAGGGGGAGAGACACAUCAGAAAUAAAUUGGAGUCCAAGUUCCAAGUAACGCAAAACUCAAUUCAUAUAACUGGAAUCUCAUCAAUUUUAGGAUCAUUAAAUUUUAUUGUAACUAUUUUUAUGAUAAAGAAUUUUUCAUUAAAUUACGAUCAAAUUAAUCUAUUUCCACGAUCAAUUUCUAUUACUGUAAUUUUAUUAAUUCGAUCAUUGCCAGUAUUAGCUGGAGCAAUUACUAUUAUUAUUUGAUAUUAUUAUUUGAUCGAAAUUUUAAUACAUCUUUUAUUGAUCUUAUAGGAGGAGGAGGAGAUCCAAUUUUAUAUCAACAGAAAAUCAUUUAUUUUGAUUUUCUGA